AUGAUCACUGACAGAGGCUUGCCUCAGCUGCUUUCAGAUUUAAAUGGAUUUAUUCAAAUACUUUUAACAUCGACGGCAUCGAAAGCAGUUGAUCUAUCAGCAUCACCAAGCUCGGGAGGUGCUCCUCUCUCUCCUACCAUCAUUGAAGAUCAGAACCCUCAUCUACUCAAAAUAUGUCUCUAUGUUGAAAAGAUUCUAUCUGAAGGUUUAAAAGAUGUUAAUUUUAUUGGAAAGACAUGUUUCUUUGAUGUACUUGAACAUUUGCCAAGUUGUUUACCAGAUACAUCUAGAGUGAUCGAAUUGGCAAAAGAUAGUUGCAAGACUGCUAUGGGAAGAGGAAGAGUUGUCAUUAGACAAGCAUUAAAUGAAGGUGCAUUGGAAAUUUAUCUUUCUGCUCUAUGUUAUAAUCAAUCUAUUGUAAAGUCAUAUUAUAAAGAGACAGCAUUUUUAAGAAACUCUGAAUUCUCUUCAACCUUUUUAACAUUAUUACAAUCAUUGGAACAUAUUCAAUUUGGUUUGGUUGUUCGUGACAGAGAUAUGGAUAAACCAAAUUAUUGGGAUGAAAUUACAUUUACAUUACUUAGAUCUCAACCACCUCCAACCCCUAUUAAAAUUCAAAAGGUUGAAACAACACAAGAUAACACUGAAAAUGAACCAAAUAUUGAUAUUCAACAACAACAACAACAACAACAAGAGGCAGAUCAAAUUGAUCAACAAAAAGAAGAGGAUAAAGAGGAUACGGAACAUAAAAUGAUUAGAAAUAAUUCAGGUGAAUUGGAUAUUAAUUCAUUAAGUAAUGUAUUGGAUGAAAUCAAUAAUGAGGAAAAGGAGAAACUUAGUAAUCAGAUUAUUCAAGCAAAUCAAGCCAAUUGGAAUUCAAUGUUGGAUUCUUUAUCACGUUGUUCAAAAUCUGUUCUUUUGGAUUAUGGUGGUAAAGGAUCACCAAUCACUCUACAAGACAAAUGUAUUGACAAUUUCUUUACUAUUUUUGAUCAAAUCAUUUCAAGUGAUUUAUUAACUAGUGUAUUAAAUAGAUGGGUUUGUAUUGAAAGAUUAUGUGAAGGUCAUUUAGAAGUACAACAAGUUCAACAAGUUUAUAGUACAUCUUCAACCACACAUCAUAGUCAAACAUCAUCAGUAUUGGAUACACGUGUUAAAGCUUGGAUCUAUAAAUUAUUGAAUCAAGGCAAAUUGACCGAGGUAUUAAAAUACCGAUUUACCUAUGACACUUUGUUGACAUUAUUGUACAAUCCCAAUUCCAUAUUCCACAGUCAUCAACAUCGUUUACAAAUCAUUGACACGAUAUCCAACCUCGAAUCAAAGGUUAUAUUUCAUUUGGCAUGGGAUAAAUUAGAGGUUCAUCAACCUGUCAUCGUCACUAAAAAGAUUAAAAUUAUUAAAAAAAAGAUUAGAAAGGUAAAAUCACUAUCAGAUGUAGCUACAAAUGAUAAAGAUGAUGAUGUUGUUUCAACUAUCACUACAACAAGUGAUCAAUUGGUUGAUUCAUCUGCCACUUCAACUCCAUCAAUUAUUGAUACAACUGUUGAAGAAAAAAUAUCAACUUCUCCUCCUCCUCCCCCCUCCCAUCUUCCUCCAACUUUUUCAUCUGCAUCAUCAUCAACAACUGAUAUUUAUUCUCAAAAAAACAAUACAUCAACCAAUAGUCUUGCUACAAUGACCAAUAAUAAUAAUAGUUUUGAUGAAGAUGAGAAUCCAUUUUUAAAUAAUAUUCAACAAAAAAGAAUCGAUAGUCUAAAGGCAGAGGAGAAUAAUAAUAAUAAUAUGGUUAGUAAUCAAUCAUUUGAAUCAUUAAUUAUUGAAAAUACUAUAAAUAGUUUAUCAGAUGAUGAAACUAUUGACAAGAAAGAUGAUGAUAAUUCAAAGACAACAAAUUUAUCAUCAUUUGAUGAAACAUUGGCAGAAUUAUUUAAAAAACAAAGAAUGGAAUCUAGUUCGUCAACUAUUAAUUUAAAUCAAUUGGAGCAAUCAAUUGAAAAUAUAAAUAAUGACAGUGAUAAUAAUAAUGCAGUAACAAAAGCAAUACCAAGAAGUUCACUUUUAUCAAAUUCACAUAUUGGAGAUUAUUUAUCAAAUCUUGUUCAAGAUGAUAUUACACCACCUAGAAGUAGAAGUAGUAGUAGAAGUUCAAUGUCAAAUCCAAUUACAAUUGGAAAUUCUACCAAUAACAUUGUCCAAAAUGGAAACAGCUAUGGACAAUUGGGUGGUAGUACUAAUUCAAAUAACAGAUAUAGAAGUAAUAGUCAUUUUAGUGCCAAUGGUGGUGGUGGUGGAAGUGCAUCAUCUAGUAGAAAGAGUAGUAAUGCUGGUAAUUUACAACCAGAUACUGGUAAUUGGAACGAAGAUGGAGCAUUCACAAAUUAUUAUCGACCAUCAACCAAUGGUCAUGAAAAGGAAGCCUUUAUCACUCCUACCUACAUUCCAAACAACCCAUAUCUAUCAGAAGCUUUGAGAAGAGUAGACAAGGAAAAGGAAGACCAUGCAGACAGAAUGUCAACAUCGGUCGAUUCAUUUGCCAAUUAUCAUAUGUUUAAUGACUAUUAUGGUGAAAACUCUCCAACUCCAUCAUCCAUCAAAGAGAAAAAGAAUAGAUAUGCUGGAGAAGACAAUCAAAUAUUUAUUACAAAAGAUUUUAAAAAACCUUUAUUAUCUGCUUCUGAAACAAGUGCAAAGUUUUGUCCUGGUUGUUUUAACAAAUGUGAUUGGUAUUGUACAACAUGUCAUCAAAAUGAUAAGAUGAUUUUACCAUCGAGAAUUGUAAAUCAUUGGGAUUUUAAAGUUUAUCCUAUUUGUACACAGGCCAAGUUGUAUAUUACUCAACAUUAUUCAAUUCCAGUUGAUAUCUUUAUUUGUAAUCCAAAAGUAUACGAACUGUCUCUUCCUCUUGGCAAACUAUUGGAAAUUCGAAAAAAGUUACAUUUUAUUGGAGAGUAUAUUGAGACUUGUCGAAACAAGACAUCACUAGAAGGAUUAUGCAAAAAUAGAGAGUAUUUUGUUACUGAAAAUGUCCAUCUCUAUUCACUUGAUGAUCUUGAAUAUUGUUUUGCCGGUCAUUUACUUCCUCAAAUUGAAACAUUGAUUGAAAAAUAUAUUCAUCAUGUUACUAUUACUUGUAUUACUUGCAAAGGUAAAGGAUAUAUAUGUGAAUUUUGUAAUAGUGAUAAACCAAUUUUUUCUUGGAUGAUAUUGGAUAAACAAAAUAUAGUUCAAUGCAGUAAAUGUCAUUCAUUGUCUCACAAGAAAUGUUGGAUUGAAGAUCAUUGUCCCAAAUGUAUCAGAAUUGCAAAGAUUAAAGGAAAACAUAAUAAUAAUAGUGAUUUAAACAACAACAACAACAAUAGCAACAACAACAGUCAAAAUAACCAAAACUAUGAAGACGAUGCAAAUUUUUAUACAGGCAAUAAUUUAAACAACAGUAAUAAUAAUAAUCAUAAUAAUAAUAAUGGAAAUUUUAGAUACUCUAUGAAUAAACCUUAUUAA